UGAUGUUUGGUUCUCUUUGCGCAGUGCGCGAAAUGUAGUUGAAAUUUUGGCACAUCUCUGACAUAUAAGUGAUGAAUAGUGUUUAUGAUAUUUGUGUGAUAAAUGGGUCUAUCAACACUAGCUGCUGUGAAUAAAUACGGGUGAUGCACAACUAUAGUUUGCUUGAUGUUAUCCGAAAUUCGGAGUUUGCGAGACGCCGACAAUGCGCGGAUGACGUGGAGGUGUAGACGCCGUACGGAUUUGUGAGAAGUGUUUCACUGCAGAAUACACGUAUAGAAAUAGAAAGAAAAUGUUCGAAAUCACGGAUGUUCAAAAAAUUGGUGUUGGUUUGGCUGGUUUCGGGAUAGCAUUUCUAUUCCUUGGCGUGCUGCUCCUAUUUGACAAGGGCCUGUUAGCCCUUGGAAAUAUACUUUUCAUCUCGGGAUUAGCAUGUGUGAUUGGAUUAGAACGGACGUUCAGAUUCUUCUUCCAGAGACACAAAGUUCGAGCGUCUGUUGCCUUCUUUGCAGGCAUUCUUGUUGUUUUAUUUGGUUGGCCAUUAGUCGGUAUGCUGAUUGAGACAUAUGGAUUUGUGUUGUUGUUCAGUGGCUUCUUUCCUGUUGCAAUCAAUUUCCUACGAAGGGUACCAGUUCUUGGAACAGUAUUAAAUCUACCUGGAAUUAGAGGGAUUAUUGACAAGCUGGCAGGAGACUCCUCGAGGACAAUGGUUUGACAGCAAGAUUAACUUUGCAAUGAGCAACUUGCAAUGUGCAGCACUUUGAAAGUGUGGGAAGUUUUGUGUGAUAAUGUGUGAAGGUUUUUGUGUGUACUUUAAGAAAAAUUUAUGCGCGGUGUCAUCAUUGAAUAAUGGUGAAGCGGUGGUGUAACAUGAUGUGAAGCCGUUCACAAUGACACUUGAAAAUGCUUGCCUUCCUGAGUGUUCUUGGGAGUGUUAAUUGUGACAUUCCUUCGGAGUGUUGGAGAACAUUUCUCACUAUUGACACAUAUUCAUGUUUCUAUCAUGUAAAUAUGUGCAAUCCUGCUUGAGAUUUUCGUCGUGGCAGUGGAGUCACUGCUGCUACAUAUGAUUGCUAAGUGGUGUUAUCAGGUACUUACUUGUUACAUGCACAGUCAUAAGCUCAACAUUUUUAUGAUCUGUGAUAUACACAGUGAUGAGCGGAUAUAAAGAAGCAUAUUUUGUGCUAAUGUUUUAUACAAUCUGUUUCUCUUAGUGAAUUUUCCAGUGUUUUCUGUGAGUUCCAUCAGAUGUAAUGGAAAGAUUUAACUGCAAGUGCAAAGACCGGUAUUACAAAUGUAUUGUAUAUUGUAAUCAUCUCCUCAUGCUCGUAUAACUGUGCAUCCAGACACUGAUACAUAUCAUCAAUUUCUGGUGUAAUAACAUUCCCUUUUUGUGUACAUAAAAGAAUAAAUUAUCUGUCAGUAUUGUUCUGGCUGUGUGCUAAACACACUUUAAUUUGGGUAUGAAUAUCUCAUUUCUGAAUUAAUUUUGUGUAAUUACCAGUAAGUAGCAUUCCCACAUAACAGUACUUCUAGCAGAUUGUGAUUGCUUUCUCCAGAAUGUAUCACAUAGAAAAUUAAAACCAUGUUGUGCAAAAUUUUACCUGCCAUAUAACGAAAUUUAAAAACCCCAUGCAGUGGGAUGGUUUUGUUGUACAACUAAAUAAAAGUUUAAUAACAGUCCAA